ACUGAAAUGUACUUGUUUGAAUAUGCUGGAAGAAUCACUAGAAAAAACAAAACAAGAAUUGUCCCAAAGAGAUUUCGCGUUUAGAGACCAACGAGAAAAAUUUUUGAGUCUACAAAAAGUAUUUUAAUAAAAAAAUACAAGAAUUUUACAAUUGGAAAUGAAGAUACGGUUGCCUUUCUACAGGAAGAAAACACAAUUUUACUUCAAGAACAAACAAACAUGAAAUCACAACUCGAAAACAAGGACCGAGAAAUAAAUUCACUUCGCAUACAAAUUGCUAAAAACGAACAAAAAAUCAAAGAAUUAGAAGCUUUAAAUCAGAAAUAUAUCCACGAUUACGAAUUUAUGUAUUCCACAUCUAAAAACUAUUCCAACGCUCUCGAGAACUUGCAGGACUCAAAAAUUGCUCUUUACACUACGCUCUCUCCACUGUUUGCAACUGCAGACGACAAUCGUCUGGAGACCUCCGAAAACUUGGUUAGACAACAAAAAUCUGAUUCGGACGUAAAAAUAAACAUUGAUAACCACACGAGUUUAUCUGAGGAUGAGAACUUGGAAAAUCAAAAAAUAGAAGAAAUCGAUUUUCCAAUCAAAGAUUUCGAGAAAUUUGAACAACCUGAACAUGAGAUGUCCUAUCAAAGGUGUUCCUGGAAUUGUUAUUGA